UUACAACCAGUUUUACAUAUUUGAUGUUUGUGUACAGAAAUUGAAUGUUUAUUACAUGAAUAUUAAACCAUUUCUUUAAAAUAAUGGUUGAGGAGACGUCCAAUACAAGUAACAAAACAAAGGUUAAACCAAAUAACUACAGACCCAAAUCGGUAUACUCUUGGAAUGUAACAGACGUGCAGAAAUGGUUACGAAGACACUGCAGUGAUUACUACAUGCUUUACGUUGAGAACUUUAUCCAGCACGAUAUCACGGGUCGAACAUUAAUAAGGAUAAACGAUAACUCACUGCUCCGAUUAGGUAUCACAGAUGUAGUACAUCGUGAGGCAAUUUGGAGGGAAAUACUGAAACUUCGACUGAAGACCGAUAUAAUGGAAAUAAGAGAUCUGCAGAGACGUAAUACUAAUAAUAUGUUUUAUGAUUAUUCAAUCGCUUGAGUGGAUGUUGGAUUAAGUAAAUAUAUAUAGUAAUUAUAAUAUUAAAUUUGAUAUAUUUUA